GAGUACUUGAACGCAACAUAAAUACAAUUGCGCAGUUCAGGGACCGACAUCUGUCAGCGCGUUGUUGCUCAUCGAAAACUUGUGACAGAGAUGUCUGCUGCACUGAGUCUGCGUCUUCUGCACUGUUACUCAAAACCAGGUACCUUCGGAUAUGGUCCUGGUAUCAUGCGCCCGUUCAGUCUCACCGCAGGGAGGGAGGGUUAUAAAUAUGUAAAUGCUCAAGAGGAGUCGACAGACCUGAGGUCCAUCACUGACCGGGCUGCUACAACUCUUCUUUGGACGGAGCUCUUUAGAGGUUUGGGGAUGACCAUGAGUUACCUUUUCCGUGAACCUGCCACCAUCAACUACCCAUUUGAGAAGGGUCCUCUGUCGCCUCGCUUUCGAGGAGAGCAUGCUCUGCGCCGCUACCCUAAUGGAGAGGAGCGCUGCAUCGCCUGUAAGCUGUGUGAGGCCAUCUGCCCCGCUCAGGCCAUCACCAUUGAAGCUGAGACUCGAGCUGAUGGCAGCAGGAGGACUACACGCUACGACAUUGACAUGACCAAAUGUAUCUACUGUGGAUUCUGCCAGGAAGCCUGUCCAGUUGAUGCCAUUGUUGAGGGUCCAAACUUUGAGUACUCCACAGAGACCCAUGAGGAGCUGCUGUACAACAAAGAGAAACUGCUCAACAACGGAGACAGAUGGGAGGCCGAGAUAGCAGCCAACAUAAAGGCAGACUACUUGUAUAGAUAAACCCACUGUUGUAACUGUAUCCCGCCUGCCAAGAUGUGUCAUGCAUGAAAAUGAUAUAUCUUAUCUCCUCCCUAUGCAUUAAAGAGAUUAUUUGUAGCUUCACAGAAGUUCCAGUGAAAUGAGCAGUGAAACCUCGGAGCCUCAGAUUCUGUUGUCAGGAAAAACAUAAACACGCACAAAUCCUAUGUCUUGUGUUGUCAAGAUGGAUAAGAUUGCACUUUUCUGAUGUUGACCAUGUAUCCUCUGCACAGUCUGUGAUAGACUACUUUCUUCUGCACUUUAUCUGAUGUAUUAGUCCUAAAAAGAUUAAUUAUGUAAUGUUGCCUGUGCUGAAAUAAAUCAACUAACAGUUAA